GGCAUUAAUCAAGAUGCUAAAUGACAACAAUGAUCAUAACUUGUCCGUCAUCUCUAUUGUUGGUAUGGGUGGGGUUGGUAAAACAACUUUAGCACAAUGGCUGUACAACAAUAAGGAUUUGAUGGACGGGGUUGAUCUGAAAGUAUGGAUUUGUGUUUCUGAAAAUUUUGAUGUUGUUGAGACUACUAAGAAUGUUAUAAAGGGGAUCAAUGCAGGUGUUUGUAGUCUUGAAAGCUUUGAUUUACUUCAACAACAUUUGAAGGAAAGACUGUCAGAAAAGAAGUUCUUCAUUGUUUUGGACGAUGUUUGGAGUGAAGAUGCUGACAUGUGGAAUACUUUUAUCACCCCUUUUCAACAUGGGACAAAGGGGAGCACUGUUCUUGUAACUACCCGCAAGGUAAAUGUUGGUCGAAUAGUCCAACACUAUAACUCUUACACUCUCAAGCAACUGUCAGAUGAUUAUUGUUGGUCUAUUUUUGCCGACAAUGCAUCCUUUCCUGAAUCAAAUGGAAGCUCAGAACUGGAAGGAAUAGGUAAAAAGAUUGUCAAGAGGUGUGAUGGCUUGCCGUUAGCUGCAGAAACACUUGGACGCUUGUUGCGCUCAGAGCAUCGUGUUGAAGAAUGGAAUCAAAGACUAUUGAGUGACAUUUGGGACUUUCCCGUGGAAAAUUGUAAGAUUGUUCCUGCCUUGUUAUUAAGUUAUCAUCAUCUUCCUACUCAUUUAAAACGUUGCUUUGUUUAUUGUUCAUUGUAUCCCAAAGAUCAUAAACUUGAUAAAGAUGAAUUAAUCUUGCUUUGGAUUGCUGAAGACCUUUUACAACCACCGAGGGGACAAACUUUAGAAGAAGUUGGUUGCAAGUGUUUUGAUUAUUUGGCUUCAAGAUUAUUUUUCAAGCAGGUCGAUAACGAUGAUGAGAAGUAUUUUGUGAUGCAUGAUCUCAUGCAUGACUUGGCAACUUUUCUUGCUGGAGAUCUUUAUUGUAGAUUUGGUGAAAAAGAAGAUAUGAGUAUUCUAACUCGGCAUUUGUCAUACAAUCAUUCAACCCCUGAGAAAAUAUGCUCCUCUAGUAAAAGUGAAUCUUUGAGGACAAUAUUGUAUAUCAAUGAUGGAGAUUGUUUCUUGAAAGCACGCGCAACAUUACCAUGUGACAUAUUGUUAAAGAAUAAAUACUUGAGAGUUUUGUCCUUUGAUACACUCAAUAUAUUUCCUGAUUCAAUAGCUAAAAAAUUGAUUCAAUUGCGCUAUUUGGAUCUCUCUUCGAGUGAUGUAAUGAUAUUGCCCGAGUCAUUAUGCAACUUGUGCAAUCUACAAACUUUGAAGUUAGAAGGCUGUUCAAAGCUGACUAUGCUGCCCAAUGGCAUGUAUAAUCUUGUGAAUUUGCGGCAUCUUAAUAUAACGGGUACUCCUCUGAAAAAAAUGCCAAAAGGAAUGGGCAAAUUAAAACAGUUGCGCAUUUUAAGCAAGUUUGUGGUGGGAAAGCAAGAAGACAAUGGAAUCCAAGAGUUAGGAGGGCUUUUAAAUCUUCAUGGAUCCCUUGAGAUUCAGAAAUUGAAGAAUGUGGUUGAUGCCAAUCAGGCAAGGAAUGCAAGGAUAAUAGAUAAGAAGCACAUUGAGUACUUAUCGUUGAAAUGGUGUUCAGGUGAUGAUAUGGUUUCAAACACACAUACUGAUGAACAAGAUAUACUCCGGGGCUUGCAACCGGACACUGGCUUGAAGGAGUUGAAAAUCAAGGGAUACAAAGGUAAAAUAUUUCCAGAUUGGAUGGGGCAUUCCUUGUACCAAAACAUGACACGUGUAUCUCUCGAGUCUUGCAAGAAUUGCUGCAUGCUGCCUUCACUUGGACAACUGCCAUCUCUAAAGUCCCUGAGCAUCAAAAGAUUUGAUCAACUAAAGAGCAUUGGCAAGGAGUUUUACAAGAAUGAAGGCCAUCAACUUUCUUCGCCUGUUGCACCGUUUCCCUCACUGAAGAGUUUAGAGUUUGAUAAUAUGCCAAGUUGGGAGGAGUGGCAGUUACCUGACUCAGAAGCCUUUCCUCAGCUUAAGAGCCUUCAAAUAAGAGAGUGUGGAAUGUUAAAGGGAGAUAUGGUUAAUCAGGUAUUAAUGAGAAUCAUUUCUUCCUCAUCGGAUGUUUCCAAAGUGCGCCAACUGAAAAUACAAGAUGGAGAUAGGAGUAAGAUGACACUCGAUGGGGAUAGGUUAUCAAUUAGUCGAUUUGAAUGUGUGAUGGAGUGUGCAUUUAAGGCAAGGAUCAUGCACCAUCUAACUUCCCUCCAAGAAAUAGAAAUCUCAUGGUGUUCAUCUGUUGUAUCCUUGGGGGGCAAUUGUUUACCCAAAUCUUUGCAAAAGCUCACAAUCUUUUAUUGCGGCAAAAUUGAAUUACUCCAACAACAACAGAAAUAUGAUUUGGUAGAUCUACGAAUAUAUGAAAGCUGUGAUUCACUGACCUCAUUGUCGUUGGAUGCCUUUCCCAAUCUCCAGAAUCUCCAGAUAGAACAGUGUUCAAAUCUGGAAUCAGUUUCAAUGUCAGAGCCAUCACACGCUGCUCUUCAACGUCUCUCCAUCAAAUGGUGCGACAAAUUUGUGUCAUUUCCGGAGGAAGGACUGGCUACGCUCAACUUGACUCAUCUCGAUGUUAGCUGGUGCCCGAAGUUGGAGGCAUUGCCACGUGGCAUGAAUACUCUUCUCCCAAAUUUAGAGUUUCUCCACAUACAAGGUUGCCGAAACAUUUGUAGGUGGCCAGAGGGUGGUUUGCCGGCUAACCUGAAAGAGCUUAUUGUAGGAGAAUGCGAGGAACACGUAAGGGGUCUAUCAUGGUUGGGCAACUUGGACAAUCUCUCUCAUCUCACCAUUUCUGGUUUACGGUGUGAGAGCAUAAAGUCAUACCCAAAGGUGGGUUGGCUGCCUCGCCUUCCCUCCCUUACCACUCUACAUAUCAAACACUUUGAUAAUCUGGAGACAUUGGAGUGCAACGAGCUUCUCCGCCUCACCUCCCUCCAACAACUACACAUUUCAUUCUGUCAGAAGCUGGAGAAUAUAGCAGGAGAAAAGCUGCCUCCCUCUCUCUUACUACUUCAAAUUAGGCGCUGUGGUUUGCUGCACGAACACUGGAAGAACAAGCAUCAACAAAUUUGGUCCAAAAUUUCCCACAUUCCUACUAUUCAAUUUAUCAAUAGCGGUUUCUGAGCAGGUAGCUUGUGCACAUAUCGAUAUGUAAUCCUAUACAUUGCCCAUACAUCUUCAUCUAAUUCUAAGUUCAUUUGUGGUGGUAAUUAAGCUGGAUUCAAGUUAUUGUGGCACUCAGUAUUGAAAAGCUUUGAUUGUUGUUGAUUUCCCAAGGUGAUGAAUGUAUGUAGCUAAUGCGGUCAAGAUUCAAAGAAUAUGCUUUCCACAUUUAAAGAUGACAAUCCUGUACCUGAAAUAGUCAUUAGAAGGAGAAGUUAUAGUGAUGCCAUCAGACAACAAUUUCAUUCCUGUCAACUUCACUCAAUGUCACUAUAAAUCUGCAGUUGGGAGUGGUUCAACCUUGGAUUGGGCUAAAACUUUGACAGCAAGUUCUAGAUGUACUUUUUCAUUCUGAAUGGUUGGUCGAUUAAGAUAAGAUUUGGAGGGUGGGAUACGGCUUGCAUGCGCAAAGUAGCUCUGGUUUUGUGAUUUUUUCAUCUUUUUUGUUUUACAUUUAUAUGCAUUAGUGUUUGGUUGUUUUGACUUAUUGUAAACAUGAUUUGUGCACUUAUUUAGGAUUCUCUUGUAUCCUUACUUGAUUAUAGUGGUACUUCUUUUUUGGUCUGAAUGACCCGUGGUUUUUAUCUCUCACAAUGAGAGAAUUUUCCACCUUAAAAUUCGGGUGUUCUGUCCCUAUUUCUAUU